AUGCAACCCCAACUCUCAAACCUCCUCAAUAACUCACAUCCUCCAGCAUCUCCAACCACGUCGCCACAAAAGCCCGUGGCUCUUCCAAGCAUCAAAUCUCUUCAACUCAACAAGGCCAGUAGUACUCAUCUUUCAAUGGCCCCAAUCCCUUCUUCUAAUUAUACUUGGUCUUCAUCUUAUUCCUCUUCCUCUUCCUCUUCAAGACCUUCCUUCUCUUCAGAUGGCUUACCAUCACCAAAUACUUCCCCCGCAAAACCCCCAUCUUUCCCACAAGUAAUUGUGUCUUCCCAUAACAUUCAGCCUUGUUCUUCUGGCCCCACUUCCCGAUCAUCUUCUUCCACAGCCCUCUCGGGUCUCUCUCUGCUGUCAGAAAGUGCGCUACAGGAAAAGCACCCACUUCAAGGACCUGCCAGCCAUCCUUCUUCUAUUCCUGUCCAGCAACCACAAUCACAACAUCAACAACAUCAUCAACAACAACAACAACAACAUCAACAACAACUUCAACAUUCCCCUUCCACUUUUCUUCACCAUGGCCAUGGUGCUUCUUAUCCAUCUCACAGCUUUCACGCACCACCACCACAACAACAACAACCACCACAACCUCAUAACUUCUACACAGACAAGGAUUACCUUGCUAGCGUCUCAUCAGUCCAUGAUAUGGCCACAGAAGUCCAAGCCCUCUGUGCAGCCAUUCUCGGAACUGCCACAGAUGCUCAAUCACACCCUCCUUCAUCUACUCCAGUCUAUCCUGUAGCCCCUCACACUCUCGAUAAAAUGAUGUCGCUGGCAUCUACCCAGCUCUCUGUCUUUUCCACCUGGAAAUCCAAGUUCGAGGCUGCCCACUCAGCAUUCCAUGAUGCUCGUCCAGCCAUCUCUAUCAAUACUUCUGCUGCUACUGCCUCUGCUGCUACUGCUGCCCCUGUUUCUACUGCUGCCUCUGCUCAGCAACAACAAAGACAAACUAUGCAUCCCAUCUACCCUUCUUCCUCAAAUAACCAUCACAAGGCCCCGCCUACCCCACCAUCUCCAAGUCUUCCUGUGGAUCCAACCUCCGAGCCAAUCACCCCAGUCUCGGCCUCCUCCAUUGGCCCUAUUUCUUCUUCCAACAACUUCCACAUGGGCCCUGCUUCUGCUGCUUCUGCUGCUGCUGCCCCCGGCUCUAUCACUCACUCUCCCUCCCAUUCUACUACAAUCGUUUCAGCUGUCUCUUCCACCUCCCAUCAACAACCAAUCUUUCAUUCUAAACCUGACUCCUCAAUCCCAAGACACCCCAUUUCUGUUCCCCAACAUCAUUCUGCCCACCAUCUUCAUCAAUCAAUGGGUGUUGUCAGUGUUUCUGUCGCAAAUUCUGCAGCUAAUCUUCCUACCCAGCGUCGUGGCAAACGUAAAGCCAUUGCAGGCUCUGACCCCAUUUGUUUGGUAUGCAAGGCUGUUGAGACUCCUGAAUGGCGCCGUGGUCCUGAAGGCGCUCGUACUCUUUGUAACGCAUGUGGUCUGCACUAUUCUAAAGCCAUGAAAAAGUCCAAGAAAGAGGUCAAUGAAUGGCUUGAAUCGUACCGCAAUGCUCUUUCACGUAACAAUGCUGCUGCUGCCACUGCCACUACUGCUGCCAAUGCUACUGCUUCUACCACCCCAACUUCUACUUCUUCUUCAGCAGCUUCUUCUCAAAAUUCUGUUGUGGCUGCAGCUGCUCCAACUACUCCAGAAGCUGCUUCAGAUUACACAGAUAGACAUUUUGAUGCAUCCCCUGAAGCUAUUUUGAGCUCCAAAGCUCGCGAUCUACUUGGCAACCGCCGUCGUCGCCGUUCGCGCUCUUCUUCCUCUUCUUCUUCAUCUUCGUCUUCUACACCUGCUACUUCUUCUUCUCCUCAGACUCCAAGUAUGGUUGUUCUUAGCAUGCCUGCAUCGUCUUUGACAAUGCCUAAAGCUUUUGCCGAUCAGCAACACCAGCAACACCAGCAUCAGCAUCAGCAUCAGCAUCAGCACCAGCAUCAGCAUCAGCAUCAGCACCAGCAUCAGCACCAGCAUCAGCAUCAGCACCAGCAUCAGCAAUCCCAAGCCCAUAAACUUUCAACUGUUUGUGAAGGGCCCUCUAAGAAUAGUGGGUUUGUAUCAUUUGGCCAACUGCCCAAUCGUGGAAUCAUGCGCCAGGAAAACUAA